UCAUGUGCUUCGGUGAUGCUUGCUCAGAGAUGGUAUAUAAGCCCUGCUCCCAGCAGAAGAAGACAUCAGACUAUCCUCUCUUCUCCCAAGUCACUUUUCUGCUCAUUUGACCUGAGUCCUCUCUUCUGAAACCAUGGGUUGCGGUGGCUGUGGUGGCUGUGGUGGCUGUGGUGGCUGUGGAGGCUGUGGCAGCUGUGGAGGCUGUGGCAGCUGUGGUGGCUGUGGCAGCUGUGGUGGCUGUGGCGGUUGUGGCGGCUGUGGUGGCUGCAACAGCUGCACCACCUGCAGGUGCUACCGGGUUGGCUGCUGCGGUGGCUGCUGCGGUGGCUGCUGUGGCUGUGGUCGCUGCUGUGGCUGCUGUGGCUGCUGCACCCCUGUGGUCUGCUGCUGCCGCCGCACCUGCUGCCGCUCCUGUGGCUGUGGCUCCUGUGGCUGUGGCUGUGGCUGUGGGAAGGGCUGUUGUUGCCAGCAGAAGGGCUGCUGCCAGCAGAAGUGUGGCUGCAAGAAGUGCUGCUGCUAAGAUGACUGCUGUGCCCCCCUCCCCGGGGCAGGUGCUGGUAGGAUCCAGGCUCGUAUACUUAUAUAUUACAUAGAUACAUACAUUCAUACAUACAUACAUUAGACAGUACUUACUCUAAUCCCUCCCACUUCACCUACAUAUCAAGCUGUGGGGAUUCAUAGAAAGAGACCUGAUUAGAAAGAAGACUAAAAUAAGUCUGUGCUCUGCUGGAGACACCUAACCAUAGA